UUCUCUUCUCUUCAUUGGCAAAUCAAAGAACUAUACUUGGGCAAAAUGGCUUCGGCUAACGUACAAACAUUUCUGUUUCUUGUAGUGUUCUAUUUCAUGUUUGGCGUUAGUCUGGCCAACUUUAACUACACUUGGGGACCAGGAAACUGGAACAAAACUAAUUGCCCCUAUGGUAAUAAUCACCCAAAUGUUACCCAAACUUCAAAUAAAUUCAUCGUUGGGGGUUCCGAAAAUUGGCAUUAUGGCUUCGACUACAUGGAUUGGGCUCGCAAAAAUGGCCCUUUCUUUGUCAAUGACACACUAGUUUUCAAGUAUGAUCCGCCAAACCCAAAUGGUGGGUUUCCACACAGUGUAUAUUUAUUACCAAACUAUUGGAGCUUCAUCAAGUGCGACUUCAGAAGGGCUAAGAGGAUAGCAAAUCCGAACCAUAUGGGUGCAGGUGAAGGAUUCGAGUUCGUGCUGAAGAAAAUGCAGCCUUAUUAUUUUGCCGGUGGAGAGCAUGAGGGAAUCCAUUGCAACAAUGGGACAAUGAAGUUUGUUGUGAUGCCCCUCAAACGCUGGCCUUUCUAAGUUGACGAUGAGAUCUUGCUGGCUGUUGCUUGAAACUUGACGGAGAAUGCUGACCAAAUACUGUACCAAACAGUCAAUUUUUUGGAAAAUAGUUCUUACAAGAGUUUUAGAUGCAAACACUAUAUAUUUAUAUUCACAAAAGAUUGUUAUUUGAAAUGAAGAAAUGAAAAUCCCCAGAACUACAACCGAAUAUAGUUGUCACCUUAAUUUUGGCAGAAACUCCCCAGAAAUUAAUGUAGCUUAUCCUAGUGCUGUCUUUCCGUUGCACCAAAAUAGACUUAUGAAUAUAUAAAAAAAUUAAAAGA